AUUUAUAUAUAUUUUAUACACACACAUACAUAUACAUACAUUGUUUGUUUAUAGUCAAAUUGUAUAUAAAAACAAUUUUACAUUAAACUGAAGGGUUGCUCAAUAGUUUUAAAUAGAAUGCAUGUUUAUUAAACCUUUACAAGAAGGUUAACAGUGACUUCGAAGCCUCAGCUUGCUUGCCUAACACACACACACACGCAUGCACACACAUAUAUAAAUGUACAAAAGCGUGAGUGAAUGCACUGUCAGUGCAUAUCCUUUCAAGCAUGUAUAUAUGUGUGUGUACAUAUAAUAUAUUGUAGAAUGUUAGUGGGGUGUGCGUGUGUGUGUAUAUAUUACAUUAUUGCACAUUGGUGAUGUACAUAUAAGGUAAGAUGGCAGAAAAUACAGAUGUACCAUUUAUGGAAACUAACCUUUAUAAAGCAAUUAAGAAAGGUAACCCAACUGAAGUAUUUGUUACCCUCAAUGAGUACUGCGUAUAUUCUGAGAGUAUGACAGGAGCAGACCUAAACAUCAUGGACCCCUACACAGGAGGAUCUUAUCUGCACCUUAUGAUUGAAAAUGCACACUUGUUUAAGGACCCGCCAACUGUGACAGUCAUAUACGGAAUGGCUUGUAUGGGCAUCAACAUUGAUGCACAGGACUUUGAAGGAAAUACAUGUCUUCACAAAGUGAUGGGAAAAGAAGGAUCUUACCGAAUUCUUGUGGCACUGAUGAGAUGUGGAAUUGAUCCUGAGAUUCGUAACAAUGACAAUAAGACAGCCGAAGAAAUUCUCUUGGAAACAAAACCAGAAGGAUGGCAGGAAAUGUUAUUAUGGUAUAACAAAUUCAAACCAGGUUUGUGGCAGGCCAUGUUAACGGUAAAACCAAAUGUUAGACAAGUGGAACUGCUCUUACAGUCCUGGUGUCGGGUAACAAUCAUGAAGAAUGGCAAAAUAGUGAAUCUUCGUGUUAUGGCCCAACAGAAUCCCUACCACAUUCACUGCCAACGCCUGAUGGAGAAAUAUGAAAAUACAAUAGAAUUCUCUUUGGCCUGUCUCAGCGGAAGACCAUUGAUUAUCAAGAGCUGGAUCUCAAAACAUUUGAUGGAGAACAUAGAUGUGAAUACCUGUGACAAGUCACGCUCAACAGACCGUAACGAUAGCAAAGAUGUUGGCAAACCUUUGAUUGCUGAAAUUUGGGAGACGAAUAAUUAUGCAAUGGUCAACCUACUGAUGGAGUUGAAGGUCGAUGUUCAUAGACUGUACAACUCUGAAGUAAAGGACAAAGGGCUGUUGAGACCCCUAUUUUUUUAUUUAAUAUGUUCCUCGGAUGCGCCACAAGACCACAAAAUCAUCAUCCGUGUCCUAAAAGACUGUAACUUGUCGCUACGCAACCAGCACGGCCAAACAAUAAUUUACGAAGCUAUAGCAAGGGAUAAACCCAUAGAACUGAUUCAAACACUGCUCCACUUUGGAUUAGAUGUAUCUCUGCGAGACAACAAAGGAAGAACAGUGAGGGAUUUUGCCAAGAAACUCAACAAACAGUUAUACGUUGUUGUCAUUGACCAACAUAUCCUGGACUUAAUCAGGAAAGGCAAGAAAGAAAUCUUACAAAAGAUGAUUCUAAGAUCAUACCAAGACAUACUCCUGUUCCGUGAUAGUGAAGGAAACUCACUUAUGGACAUUUCCAGAAGUUUACACAUUUAUGAUAUAUGCGAAAUAUUAAUGUUGGCACCAUUGUGGCAGGAAGAAGAUGAUAAGAUAUACCAAUAUAUCAAAGAAGGUGAUUUGCAAAAUGUGAAGAAAUUAAUGAAGAAAAAGUCAACAUUGCGAAGAGACAAGUGCGGCAGAUCGGUGCUUCUUUAUGCUCUUUUGCAUCAACAGAAAUCUGUAGCAGAAUAUCUCAUCACAGAAUAUCCCAUACUUGUCAAUGAAGCAGAUAGUCAUGGCCGUACCGCAUUACAUUACAGCUAUGUAUUAUUUGAAGACACCUCAGAAAUUUCACAUCUAUUGAAGCUACUUGGAGCUGAUGUGACCAUUAAGGACAACCUUGGUAAGACACCAAAUAACUAUUUUGAGUGCAACUGCACCAUGCAAUUUGCAUGCAUCAAAAAAUCAAUUUGUGAAUUUGAACUGGAAGUAUUCUUAGAAGAAACGAGCUUCGAAGAAUCCUUUUUCAGCGCCAUCCAGGCAAAUGAUCUCGAUCAAGUGAAAGAACUUGUUGAAGGUUUACACAAAGUAAAAGGCAUCAGUCGCUACAGUAGCAGAGCAUUGUUCACCUGUUUGGACAAUAAUCAUGAGGAACUUGCAAAGUUUUUGGUACUCAAAGGUUUCAGAACAAACAUAUGGAAACAGUACGAGCCAUGUUCUUCUGACAACCCGAUGUGUGGCAUGAUGGAAUGUUCUCACCGAGUGACAUACUUAAAAGAAAAAGUUGAAGAACUCAAGAUGUAUGACUUGUUAAAACUUAUAGAAGAUGUAGAAUCUGGAAAGGUGAAAACAGACCAUACAUAUCCCGAUCCACCGGUCUAUUGUCCUUAGAAUAUCUUGCAGAAAUGAAGAAUUUAUUCCAAAGUUAUUCUGGCCAAUUCAUUCCAAAAUAUUGUCUUCAACCAAUUCAAGACCAAUAUUUCUCUAUCCUUAAGAAAUUUCAGAGAAAUAAAGAAUUUAUUCCAAAAUUAUUCCUAUCAAGUCAUGCCAAUGAUAUUGCCUUCAACAAAUCCAGACUCACUUCUCUCUGUCUUUAAGAAAUGAAGAAUUUAUUCCAAAAUUUUCCUUAUCAAUCCAUUCCAAUGAUAUUGUCUUCCAACGAGCUUUAUGAUUGUAACAUGCUUGAGAUCCAUGUGCAUCGAUGAAGUAACAACCACUCUCACUUCACCUUAACGAAUCAUUUUUGUUUUUAUCUUUAGAUUUUUAGUUCUUUUUGUUAUGAUGAUGAUGAUGAUGAUGAUGAUGAGUCACACAACAUAUAAACUGAACGGACUUUAUUGUUUCAAGAAGAACUGGUACAAAACAUAUUCAGACACCAAAAGUUCUAAUGGAACAAAGCCACAUUUAAAUCUAAAAAAUUCUAAAAUCUCAUAUGUUAAAGUUAAUAAAAUAUAAAUUCUACAA